AUGGGCAGAGAAAAGAGAUGUAAGCGAACUAAACGUCAUGAUGUUUCUACGAGUUCUGAAUCGAGUGGAAACAAUUUUCGUUCGCGACUUCGUAGUUUUGGUUCAACAAGGGAGCAGCGAACACGGCGCAGCGAAAGACGUAGCCGGAGUCCUCGGCGUCGCAGUCCUCAGUGUCAGUCGCAUGAGACGAAGGGCAACAGCGAGCAAGUUUCAUCGACACCAGUGCCACCAGUGAGUACGUCAACGAGUGGCUCUUUAGAGUUAAUAACAAUAUUUAAAGAAGUGUUACAAAAUAUGAACUAUAGUAAUAAUGAUCGUUUUCCGGUUAUUAAUGUUAUUCCUGAAUUUGAUCCAGCCAAACGAAAUCAGACUAUAGAUACUUGGAUUUUAAAAGUAAACGAAUGUGCUGCUAUUUAUAAUUGGACAGAGCGCCAAAUUAUUCACUAUGCUUUACCUAAGUUAGUAGGGUUAGCCCAAAAAUGGUAUCAAGGUUUACCAACAUUACUUUUUACUUGGGAGGAAUGGCAGAAUAAGUUACAUUUAGCAUUUCCUAGUGCUGAAAAUUAUGGGCAAUUGUUAACGGAAAUGCUUGCUUGUAAGGCGCGAUUUGACGAGUCCUUAGAGGAAUAUUACUAUGAGAAAAUGGGAUUAUUAAAUAGGUGCAAUAUUACUGGGAAAAAUGCAAUUGACUGUAUUCUAUUAGGUAUAGAGGAUAUGUCUAUAAGAACUAGCGCUGAAGCAGCACAGUUUUCUGAACCCGAUAAAUUAUUAGUUUUUCUUAGAAAUGUUAAAGUUAUUAGGAAAAUUGAAAGAAAUGGAGUACCCAUACAAUCAAGCAAUUUCGAAAUUAAACGCCCUAAAAUAAAAUAUAAUUUGUCCAGUGUUGAGUCUAGAGUAAACUAUAAAUGUUAUAAUUGCGGAGAGGACGGGCAUUCAUAUUUUAAAUGUAAGCAACCAAUCAAACGAUGCGACGUAUGUCGUAAAGUUGGGCAUUUGGCUAGUGAUGGCUGUGAUAAGAAGGAAAUUACCCCUAGUACUAAUAAAACCGUCUUACGCAUAUCUUAAGAACAAGAUAAUGAUUCCAAAUAUUUUAGGUUAGUCACAGUUAAGUUUCAUAGUCAAAUUACGAUGUUAAAAGAAUCAGUUGCAAAUAAAUUAGUAAGUUCAUGGGAAACGACGGAAUUACCGAUAUU